AUGCCUGAAGAUGAUGAUGAGGGAGAGGAAAAACCAACGGGAGCAGAGUUAGGUUUCUGCACAUCAGUUGCGCCACAAUCUCCUACCGAACGAAAGCGUGCAGCUGUUAAAAUCCAUGCCAUCGAUUGGUGCAUUCGUUCCAUCUUCUUCAUUUUUCGUGAUUUUGCCAGUAAAAGUCCUGGCAGAGGUGUUACGGGUCAUCAAAUAUAUCCCGGAAGAGUUCCAUCACUAUGCGGGAAAUUAGACCAGGAAGCAAAACGAGCAAUGGAUCAUUCGCAAUCUAGCGUGGACUAG